UUACAGUUAACCAGACUGUCAUCAUUCCCUUUAAACAAUCUGCCAAGAAAGAAACCCACAUUUCCAGCUUCGCAACAAUGAUCUUGUUACCAAUAGUUGUUGCAAAUCUGGAUUUUAAAACAAAGUAUCUUUCUUUGAUAAUAAAUAUAGAUUCGCCGCAACCCAUUUGAAUAUCUGAUAGAAGGGGCGUACCAAAAUCAGUUUAUUUUCCCUUGAUUUAGUCUGCAGCAAACCCCAAAGAGAAAAAAGGGUGUGCGUGUAGUGCUAAUGGGGGCGUAUAGAGCUGAUGAGGAUUACGAUUACCUAUUCAAGAUUGUUCUGAUUGGGGACUCUGGCGUUGGAAAAUCCAACAUUUUGUCGAGGUUCACCAAGAAUGAAUUCUGCGUUCUAUCAAAGUCUACGAUUGGGGUUGAGUUUGCAACCAGAAGCAUUAGGGUGGAUGAUAAGGUUCUCAAAGCUCAGAUUUGGGACACUGCUGGCCAGGAAAGGUACCGAUCGAUCACAAGUGCAUAUUAUCGAGGAGCUGUUGGUGCACUGUUAGUAUAUGAUGUUACCCGGCAUGCUACAUUUGAGAAUGUGGAGAGAUGGUUCAAGGAGCUCAGAGAUCACACGGAUAACAAAAUUGUUGUUAUGGUUGUUGGGAACAAAGCAGACUUGAACCAUCUGCGAGCAGUUUCCGCCGAAGAUGCUAGAACUUUUGCAGCACGGGAAAGAACUUUUUUCAUGGAAACCUCUGCCCUCGACUCCACGAACGUUGAAAAUGCCUUCACAGAACUGCUCACACAGAUCUACCAUGUUGUAAGCACGAAAGCCCUUGAAAUCGGCGAUGAUCCAGCAGCAUUACCAAAAGGACAGACCAUAAAUGUUGGGUCUCGUUAUUAUUAUGUAUCAGAUGAGAAGCAGAAUGGAUGCUGUUCUACUUGAGCAUGCAGCAAAAGCCUCUGUAUUUUUACUUUAAACCUAUGUAGAGUCCAGCCUUAAAAAUGGUUGUCCAGAGAAAAUUGCAAUCUCAACUUUCUACUUUGCUAAGUAGAGAAAUCUGUUCAUUGAGUGUCAAAUGUUAAGGAAACAUGCACUUAUAUUUUCCUU